AACGAACUCCAUGUAUGUGACGGGACGCUUCAGCGUAGCUCCUGAAAGUAAAAGCAGUCAGCCGUAAUGACUCGCUGCCCACGAUAAGGGCUUACAGGAGCUGGAUACAACCGUGUCUGUGCCCUGAAGAAGUACUGUCCGCUUGUUGCAGUGCUCUGUGAGCCAGCCCUGCUGCUCCUGCACCAAACACGCUUAAGGACCUCCUUCUGGAUGACCAAUGUGUGUUAUAACCGAUUAUAUCGGAAACUAAGCCUCCAACUUCCCAUUCAUUCCAGCUGGUAGCAACGUGUACAAUGCAAAAACCCCACAAUUCAGGAGCACACAAACAUUACUCUUAAAACUUUCUAGAUGAUCGUAGUUGCUUUGGUUGUGUUCUAUGCUAGCAGAAGCCUUUUUCAAGGUUUGCUCUUGACUCUAGAGCACCACGUUCCCUGCUUACUGGGAGCCUUGGGGGCUAGCAACAUGGGAAACUCUUGCGUUUGCCGUGAUGACAGCGGAGCAGAAGACAACGUAGAAUCUCGGAGUCGGCAAACAGAGAACAGUAGAGUACAUGUACCCGAAGCAAGAAGCCACCCAAGGGACCCUGUCCGGCCACCCAGGAGGGGUCGAGGGCCUCAUGAACCGAGAAGGAAAAAGCAGAAUGUGGAUGGGCUAGUACUGGACACACUGGCUGUAAUUCGGACGUUAGUAGAUAAUGACCAGGAGCCUCCUUAUUCAAUGAUCACAUUGCAUGAGAUGGCAGAAACAGAUGAAGGCUGGCUGGAAGUUGUCCAAUCUUUAAUUAGAGUAAUUCCAUUGGAAGAUCCCCUGGGACCAGCUGUUAUAACGCUACUACUGGAUGAAUGUCCGCUGCCGACAAAGGAUGCGUUACAAAAGUUAACUGAGAUACUAAACCUGAGUGGAGCUGCUGCUUGCCAGGAUGCCUGUCACCCUGCCAAACACCGGAAUACGACCGCGGUACUGGGAUGCCUAGCAGAGAAGUUAGCAGGUCCUGCGAGUAUAGGCCUGCUCAGCCCUGGCAUAUUGGAGUAUUUGCUUCACAGCUUGAACUUCCAGUCCCACCCAACAGUGAUGCUGUUUGCACUAAUAGCACUGGAGAAGUUUGCACAAACGAGUGAAAAUAAAAUGACAGUGUCUGAAUCGUGCAUUAGCGACCAGCUGGUCUUGCUAGAGAAAUGGACGGAUAACCCAGACUAUUUAAAACGCCAGGUUGGAUUCUGCGCUCAGUGGAGUUUAGACAAUCUGUUUUUAAAAGAAGGCAGGCAGUUUACGUAUGAGAAGGUUGACUUGACCAACAUUAGGGCUAUGCUGAACAGCAACGAUGUCAGCGAGUACCUGAAGAUCUCGCCGCAUGGACUGGAGGCUCGAUGCGAUGCCUCAUCCUUCGAAAGCGUUAGAUGCACAUUCUGUGUCGAUUCUGGAGUUUGGUACUAUGAAGUUACGGUCAUUACGUCAGGAGUGAUGCAGAUAGGAUGGGCUACCAAAGACAGCAAAUUUCUCAAUCACGAAGGUUACGGCAUCGGGGAUGAUGAAUACUCCUGCGCGUACGAUGGCUGCCGGCAGCUGAUUUGGUACAAUGCCAGAAGUAAACCACACUCCCAUCCCUGUUGGAAAGAAGGAGACACAAUAGGAUUUCUCCUCGACUUGCAAGAAAAGCAAAUGAUCUUCUAUUUAAAUGGAAACCAGCUCCCUGCCGAGAAGCAAGUAUUUUCAUCUGCUGUAUCUGGCUUUUUUGCUGCAGCUAGUUUCAUGUCCUACCAACAAUGUGAGUUCAACUUCGGGGCAAAACCUUUCAAGUACCCACCACCAAUGAAGUUUAGUACCUUCAAUGAUUAUGCCUUUCUGACAGCAGAAGAGAAAAUAAUUUUGCCCAGACACAGGCGCCUGGCUUUGCUGAAGCAAGUGAGCAUCCGAGAGAACUGCUGCACGCUUUGCUGUGAUGAGGUAGCAGACACGGAACUCGGGCCGUGCGGACACAGUGACCUGUGCAUGGAGUGUGCCUUGCAGCUGGAGACCUGCCCUUUGUGUCGACAGGAGAUACAAACCCGGGUCAGACAGAUCUCUCACAUCUCAUGACACCUGUGGAGAAAUACCACAGACUUGUUUUUAACCAACUCCAACCAAUGCUGAAAGGGGAAAGCAUCUUUAGCCAAUCUUUACGCACAUAGAACCAUAGCCACGGCCAGGUUUCAUACUAAACUGUAAUCUUGUUUAUCUUAAAACCGAAAUCUUUAAUAAGCUAUUUCAAGUUGCCAGCGAUGGGAACUGGUUGCACCGUCGAGGAGGGCUGGUAGGUCGGCGUACUGCAGCUGUUGGCUCCUCCAGGCAAGACCGUAGGAGAGCAUCUCUCCUCUCCUUCCCUUCCUUCUCGCCUGUUGUGAGUGCUGAAAAAUGUUGCACUGGAAUUCCACGUACAAUGCAUUUUAGACAAGAAGAGGAAAGAAAUAUCUCCUAAACCAGGGCCGUUUGUUCUGUCUUGUGCUCGCAAGUCUCUGUUUUUGGCAGAAGUCAGUGCUAAGGAGAGAAUGCCGAUGUUUUCCCGUUUAAUGUAGCCUCCUGCUGGUCAGAGACUCUGUUUUCCGACAGUGGACAUUAAACUGCUCAGAGACUUAAUCUGUUCACAGACUGAUUUGCAAAGACAGUGCGGAGACUGUAGAGAAACUCACGUGUUUUAAUAACUCAGUGAUUCCAAAGAAUGUUCAGAUUUGUUUUUAAUCGUUCAGAGAUUGGUGGUAUUUUCAAGUACAUAACGUUUCUGAUGCUUUUAACUUCAGUACCCACAUUUUUUUGUGAGGAUAUAAUUUUUAGGAGGUAUUCUUAACUAAUUAUAAUGCCGGACUGGAAUUAAUUUGAUAUUCUGGGUAUUUUUUAAGGUAUCAUCAAACAUCUUUUUUAAUCAGCGUUGGUUUUGAAAGUUACGUUCACUUUGGAAAUAUUGAGUGAUCUUAAAGGAUUGGAGAAGAAUCUUGGGCCAGUUUAUUUAACAAAAAAAAAAUGUUAUUUGGAUAGCAAGUCGGGUCUUAUUCUGUAACUUUAAAAACAUGCCUUGCUUGCCACAUGUCAGCCCUGCUCUGAGCAGGUUUGGGGCCAUGCUUUCUAUUUUUGGUAGGGAUCAUAGUGGGAAUCUCCACUCCACUUUAGUGAUGCGUUUGGGACAUUUGUGUGGUAGGGAUGUGUUUCAGCGGGCAGCUUUUGACUCUUUCACGAGGCUUCUACAAGGAAUUAGGGUUCACAGCUGGUGUCAGUGAAGUAGCACAAAAAUCAGUGGGGUUACACUUGUUUUGCACCAACUGAGGCUAUGACUCAGUCUCAUCCAAGACUGGUACAGGUGGCUUUUUUUUUUUCUUUUUAAAUUACCUGGUUAUACAGUAGAGCUUUACUAAUUCACACACAACUUACACCAAACCCAUCCCACUUUUGGCAGUGAUUCACUAGCAGAGGCUGUUGGAGUGAAUUCUCAUGCCACAAUGUAUCUUAUUUUAAAAGCUGUUUAUUAUCUUUAUUGUAUCAAGUAUUAACAAAGCCAAGCUGGGGCUGCACCCUCCUGCUGAGCUCUUGUGCUUCCUACUGACCUAAAUAGAGCGCUCUGCACUCAGGUCCCAGAAUCAAACCCUCUGGCAACUCCUUUCACCUUCUGCCUUCACUGUAACUCAAGGGUGCUGAAAUUCAUCCAGAGAUAAAAAAAAAAAAAGAAAAAAAGGGUCUCUGUUGAACCUCUAGAGCACAAUGUGUGAAUUAGAAAAGUUCUGUCCAUUGUUUUCUUGCCGACUUUUUUCCAAAUACAGACCAAAUCCAGAAAAGGAGCACUAAAUGUGUAUUUUCUUCCGCUGCCGAUGCCUGUUUGGAUUGAAGUCAGACUGGCAAAGCUGUGCCGGGGGACCUCAUUCCCUCAGUGACUGUACUUUACAAUGCUUUGCUACGAUCCAUGUUGCCGCUCGGGGCUGAGUCCCUCCCCACUUGGUGCUGAAUGAGCAAACAUACAAAUGCCAUCACUGCCACGAGGAUCUCAGUUUCAGAAUCACUUGAAAUGAAGUUUUAGAUGCUUCCAAACACAAUGGCAGGGGGGUUAUCCCUGAGGUACAAAGAUAACAAACUGUACUCUAGGGAAGAGGUGGGACAGAACCAUUUUGAACUCUGCCUUAAUAGAUUCUAGUAACUUCAGGGCUUUGGUUUCCCUGGCCAGGAUUAACUGAGGUAAAAUUUUCAGAAGUGCCUAGGACUCCCGAUUUGUAGCAACUGCUGUAUGAGAUUAAGCUCUUAAGGCCCAGGUCUGCAGAGGCUUCUUGGUGUUUGGUGUCCCCUUCAACUGGAGGUGACCCAAGAGCCUCGCUGCCUUUGUGGACACGGGACUCUAAGUGCCUGUGUUCCUCGCUGAAAAGAUGUGAAUGCUUUGGAAAAUUUUGCCCCAGACAGUCUUCCAUGCAGCUGGUGUUGGGCAGAGGAAGCCAAGGGUGCUGGAGGAGGGGGCUGUGGUGCAGAGAACUGUCCUGUUCAUUUCUCGAAGACUGUACCAUUCGACUGGCUUUGGGCUGAAGGCCACCACGGGGCCAUCUUUGUAAAGCUGGAUCCUCUGCCACUGCUGCAGUGCCACCCCUGGCCCCGGUGCGCCCCCGAGGCCCUGGGGCUGGGGAGGGGAGGCAGCAGCCCUCGGAAGGGGAGGUGACUUGUAGCGAAGUUGUCCAUUCAACAAUAAAACGUCUCGAAGGCU